AUGCCCACGCCCCAUGACGAACAUGACGAAACAUCACCCACACCCACGCUCGACAUCUCCACAUCCAGUCCAACUCACGCGACUUGCCCGCCAGAGGACCGGUCAAUCACUACACAAUCAGAGAACAAUGUUCUGCCAACCUCCGAAUCGAGUCGCAAUCUUGUAACCGAUCCCGUCGCGCAGAUGCCCACGCCUGAGGAGGAUCAAGAUCCACAGCCGACGACCAUGCCCGAACCACCCACGAAACCCAUGGACUUGGACGAAGACAGCCUCUCAAAAGAGGCGCGUCUGCCAACCCCUUCCAGUCCCGUAAACGACGACACGAAAGAGACAGAAUCGCGAGUCACACCUCCAACCUCGGUCCGGUCCUCUCCCACUCCUUCGAGUUAUCCUCUUAGCAGAAAAAGGCUGAUACCUUGUUUGACGUCCUCCUUCUUCCAAUCGGGUAGCAAGUUUCGAGGAACACAACAGUCGGAUCGUCAAACCUACGAUGUGCAGGUUGAGAUCAAGCAUGUCGACAUGGAAGAGUCGUUUGUGUGCGGCUACUUGCGUAUUCAAGGGCUUACCGACGACCAUCCGACGUUAACCACGUAUUUCGAAGGCGAGAUCAUCGGUACCAAACAUUCGUUCCGCACUGCACAUCCAGAAUGGGGCUCUACAGAAAAGGUCGACAUGCAACAUUGGGCUCGUUUUCCACCCUGGAAACCUCUUGCUAAGCACGCCAAAUCGCCCAACUUCACAUGCCAGGACUAUGCACAGCGCGAGCAUCUGUUUAUGAGAUGGAAAGAGUACUUCUUGGUCCCAGAUCACAAGGUCAAAUCCAUCACCGGAGCUAGCUUUGAAGGCUUCUACUACAUCUGCUUCAACCAGCGCAAUGGUUCUGUGUCUGGAAUCUACUUCCACUCUCGCAGCGAAAAAUAUCAACAGCUUGAGUUGGUGCAUGUAGAAGAUCGUGGCUGUGUUGGUGCUGUCGAGUUCCGAUAG